CGUAAUUUGGCGAAACUUCAGCCAUGGCAUGGUGUUUUGGGGACAGUUUGAGUUUGACCAUUCUCUGCGUCGUGGUAUGUGCAGCUACGGCUGAAAUCAGUGACGAAAUCAAAGAAUUCCACAGACACUCAGUCCUGGACCUUGGGUGCAUAGACGAUGCCAAUAAAAUGCUGUCAGCAAAGCUAGACGAAGUUAAGAUCGACCUUAAAUCUUUAUCAGCAGCGCGUGACGAAAACGACACGACCUUGACCUAUAUAAGUAACCCCGCGCGCCACCGCUUUCAAGACGCCUCCUACGCAUUACGCCGAUGUACCCACAAGGCCUUGAAGGUCCGCCACCGGUACUUCGGGAUCGAUAGGCACAACUACUGCUGGGGGCCGUUGAGCUCGGACGUGGAGCUGGAGACGGCAGUGGAGCAGAGCCCCCAAAACCAGCCAAGUCACUGUAAAAAUGACAUGCCUAGAAAAGGGCAAGUUAGACUUUUUCGUGUAGACAAAGGGCAUCACCCUUUGGAAUCCGUGGCAGAGUUCAGUACGUUAGUUGGCUGUGUGACCGGCAUGGAUCCCCUGAAGUAUUAUGGUUAUGGUUGCCACUGCGGUCUUGGUGGUCACGGGGCAGUAGUCGACCCAACAGACGAGUGCUGUAAGAUACACGAUGAGUGUUACGAGAUGUUGACAAGAACUGGACAGUGUAACUGGAGGUUAACUGUCUAUCUUCUUCCUUACUCUUACAGUGGAUGCAAGGGAAAUAAUAUGACGCCAGCCUGCCGACUUCCGUCGUGGUACUGGCUGUACGGACGGUGUCGCUACCAGAUCUGCAAGUGUGACAUGAUAGCAGCCCAGUGUUUUCAAGACCAGAGGGGCACCUUCAACGCCAAAUAUGUCAACUACGACAAAAGAAAAUGUCACUGAGUCAACGAAUGGCACUGUGUGAUUAUUUGAAACUGCGGGAGUCGUAGCUAAUUGUGGUAGAUGUGUCGCUCGGAUUUUGAAAUUGCACCAAGUUAUUGUUCAAAUGACUUUUUGUGACAGUGAAUGUUUAUAUUGUUUUACAUGCUAUUGGAAAGCACUUACCUUGUCAUAUUUAUUUAUAUACGUUUUCUGAAAUGUUCACUUCAAUUUACGUUUGUUAUGUACAAGUUGUUAUGAUAUCAAUCAUGUCGCUUAUGCAUUCCAACAUAAUCGUUGGAAUAUAUAUGGGCCUUUGUACUUUUUAUUUCUUAUUACAGACUUAUAGCCGAUUGAAAAUUUGGUUGAUGAAAAUUUCCUUUGCUUCACAACGAUAGCAUUCUGGGGGUGACUCAGUAUUGAUCAAAUCCAAAAUCAUUUUUUGUUUGUUUGAUCAGAAAACCACCUUGGUAAGCCUCCGAGUAAAUUAAAAUGAAAACACUGUGCUUAACGUGAAUUUCAUAACUUUACACCCGAGCCUAACGCACGCCUUUAAAAGCUUUUCAUCGCCCAUAUACGUUAAAUUUCUAUUUACGCCCCCCUAGUAGACCUACCUGUUUCUCGAAUCACCUAAACACGCACUUAAAUGUUUCGUGUGUCUUUACCACAGAUGCCUUUUCUGCUGUUGUCUAAUAAACGCAAACGACUAUACUUAGGCAAAUAAUGGCGUUAUUUCCGAUGCGCAAUGUAUAUAAAUACGCAAUAAAGUCGUAAAUGACAUAA